UUGAGAGAGAAGGAGAAAGAGGAUAGGAGGCAAUUUGUGGAUCUGCAAACCACGCUGGUCUCCCCCAAGGGAGGGAGGAGGAGUGCAAGAGAGAAAAAAAAACCUCCUCAGCUUUUGGCUCUCAUAUGGAUAACUCACUAUUCACAGCGCUGCUUCGAACAGGGGCUGCACCUCUCUCUAUCUAGGUACACAUCAAUCCACAAAUAUUACAUGCUGCCGCUUUCAACUUUACGCAGCUGAAUUUGAAGAUCUCUUUCAAGCGGAGAAACAAAAAGCCAACAUGUUAAUUUCUCAGUGAAAGCGAUUCUUAUAAGUGCAAACAACUCUGCUACGUUCAGGGAAGUGGCAGAGAGAGAGAAAGAGAGAGAAGCAGAUCAGUUGACUGGUCCGGGAUCUGCUCUACCUAGACGGUAGGCAGCGACAGACAGGGGGGAAAGGGUUUGCUCUGAAAGUGAUACGCUAGACACACACACGCACACACACACAAAACAAGGGGAAACAGCAGAACUAACAAUUGUGUUUCUCUUUGGAAACGCACAAGACAGCAAACACACACACACACACACACACACACACACAGACAAGACAGAAGGCUGCUUUGAUGUUUGCCAUCCAGGACACCAUACCAAGAGGUGGUAUAGCCAUGAAGGAAGAGCCUUUGAUUGGGCUGAAUCCUGCCAGGACCUGGCUACAUUCCGGCGGGAUACUGGAUGCGAAUACCGCGGCUCAGAGUGGAGUCGGUUUAGCCCGGUCACAUUUUGAGAAACAGCCGCCGUCCAACCUCCGCAAAUCCAAUUUCUUCCACUUCGUAUUGGCCCUGUACGACCGGCAAGGUCAACCUGUGGAAAUUGAGAGGACAGCGUUUGUUGACUUCGUAGAAAAAGACAGAGAACAGAACGGAGAGAAAACGAACAACGGUGUUCACUACAAGUUACAGCUACUGUACAGCAACGGAAUCCGAACAGAGCAGGAUUUAUUUGUACGGCUCAUAGACUCAAUGACCAAACAGGCAAUCAUAUACGAAGGGCAGGAUAAGAAUCCAGAGAUGUGUCGGGUGCUCCUCACUCAUGAAAUCAUGUGCAGCCGAUGCUGUGACAAGAAAAGCUGUGGAAACAGGAAUGAAACACCCUCGGAUCCCGUUAUCAUUGACAGAUUCUUCUUAAAAUUCUUCCUAAAGUGCAAUCAAAAUUGUUUGAAAAACGCUGGGAAUCCAAGAGACAUGCGACGGUUCCAGGUGGUCAUCUGCACAACAAUUAACGUGGACGGCCAUGUCCUGGCUGUAUCCGACAACAUGUUCAUCCACAACAACUCGAAGCAUGGGCGGCGAGCUCGGAGGCUUGAUCCCUGUGAAGCAGCCACUCCGUGCAUCAAAGCGAUCAGCCCGAGUGAAGGGUGGACUACAGGCGGAGCCACUGUCAUCAUUAUCGGAGACAACUUCUUUGAUGGGUUACAGGUUGUUUUUGGAACGAUGCUGGUCUGGAGUGAGCUGAUCACGCCUCAUGCCAUCCGAGUGCAGACGCCCCCACGGCACAUCCCGGGAGUGGUGGAAGUUACGCUGUCUUACAAGUCGAAGCAAUUCUGUAAAGGAGCACCAGGGAGGUUUGUCUACACAGCGUUGAAUGAGCCUACCAUUGACUACGGAUUCCAACGGCUACAAAAAGUCAUUCCACGGCAUCCUGGGGACCCUGAACGAUUACCAAAGGAGGUACUGCUGAAACGAGCUGCUGACCUGGUUGAAGCCUUAUAUGGAAUGCCACACAACAACCAGGAGAUUAUCCUGAAACGAGCGGCAGAUAUCGCUGAAGCUCUUUACAGCGUCCCCAGGAGCCACAACCAACUUCCUUCGCUUGCCAAUACAUCAGGCCACUCGGCGAUGAUGGGCGUGAACUCUUUUAGCAGCCAGCUGGCGGUCAACGUGUCAGAGACAUCGCAGGCCAAUGACCAAGGUUACAACCGUAACACUAACAGCGUUUCCCCUCGAGGGUACGUGACCAGCUCCACCCCCCAACAGCCCAGCUACAAUGCCAGCAGCAUGAAUGGCUACGGGAACACUGGGAUGUCCAACCUGGGAAUACCGGGCUCUCCGAGCUUUCUGAAUGGAUCUGCUGCCAACUCUCCGUACGCCAUCGUGCCGUCCAGCCCUCCUAUGACGGCUUCCUCCGUCACCCUGUCUUCCAAUGGUAACACUACCCCAGGCAUUUUCUCAUUCUCUCCUGUCAAUAUGAUCUCUGCAGUGAAACAGAAGAGCGCCUUUGCCCCUGUCGUUAGGCCUCAGGCCUCUCCGCCUCCUACCUGCACUGGCUCCAAUGGGAACAACCUGCAAGCCAUGUCUGGCCUGAUCGUUCCUCCAAUGUAGAAGAGGCGACGUGCGAAUGAUAAAGGCAAACAGCUCCGCAGGUCAACACAUGGGCCAAGCAGGAAGCAAGGCCCCACUUCGCCGUCUUAUUUUUAAAAUUUUGUCUGCCCCCUCACCCCCCGCAAUCCCUUCACCACAAAUUUGAGACUUUUCAUGCAAUGACAAUGUUUUGUCCAUGAGUUCUUGGGCAUCUGAUUUCGAAGCGAUACUCUGAGCAGCUGUCCACGUGUUAAACAAUGGGAGGUGUGCGGGAGACAGACAAAUGACACUGCCUUCUUCCUUCCUUCCCAACCUUUCCUAGGCACUUGAAACUUCCAAACUACACCCUUCUGCAACCCCCAGCCUGUCCCUCCAUCCAGGCCCCAUCUCCUUUCACUCAAAUUGGACCAAUGAUUGUGGGCCUCAACCAUUCAUAAAGCCAACACCACCGAGGUCAUUUCCUCAUUCUGUACGGAGUGGUGAGGAAUGAUACAGUAGAGGAGACAUUGUUAACAUGGACUGCAGUCACGACAGUGAGAAAAAUCUUAGCACCAAGAUCACUUCCAGUUGCUGCCAACAAGAUUGUGUGAAGAGAAGUGAAAGGAGUUGAGAGAAUGUUCAACAGGGAACCAAUGGAGGACAGUGUUGGUUGUAUCACCAAUGAAGGUUUGUUCACACCAGGCCUUUUAGAUCCCGUACAGUUAUGGUGAACUUUGUACGCCAGUCAGUCCUCCUGUGACUCCUGCAGGUGCAGUGAUUUAUUAUUUAAAUACUAUGAGAAGUGUCCCAAUUAAACCUCAUUCAGUGCUUCUUUGUCUUUUUCUCUUCCUUUCUCUCUCUCUCUCUCUCUCUCUCUCUCUCUCUCCCCCUCUUCUACUUCUCUUGUCACCUUGGGCAGCAGCCAUCUUACUUAUGUUCACUCCCUCACUUUCAUGAAGCUAAACUGUCUAGAAGCUUGUGAGGACCCAUCUGGCCAGGCCAAGCCUGUGGUUCUUUGGAAAGUUCCAGAUGGCGUGCUCUUGAUUGCACAAAAUAUUCCCGGGGCUCCAGAACUUUCCAUCAAUGGUGUUACCCUCGCAGCUAAGAUGCCAAAUUUCCUGAGUGUUUGACCUAAUGGGCAGGGCCUUUCAGCUCCACGAUGCUUUGUAUAAAGGACAGGGGGAGUUGGAUGACCUGACAGGGCAAGGCCAAAUCCAGCAGGGAAUGAGGUCUGAGCAGGUACAAUGGAUACAGGGUUUCACAAAGAUUUAUCCCCUUUCUUUUUUGUAUAUGAAUCUGUGUCUCAGUGGGUACCACCUAAGAGUGAGGAGGCUGCGCUGUUAGCUUGACUGCAGAGAUUUGUACAAAUACCCUCCAAUGCUUAACCGAGGGAAUGCUGCACUGUCAGAGGUACAGUCUCUCAAUUAAAUAGAGGCUCUGUUCCCCCCUCCCAUGUGGGCAACAGAGACCUCACAGUACCAUUUUGGAAACAAAGGGAAAGUACCUGUGGUUCUCCAUUACCCUGUAUCCAGUCUCCUACAUUUCCAAAGCAAAUUGUUUUCUCAUUCUCCCACUGUUUGCUGUGUUCAAAUUGGCUGCCAAAAUUUCCUGUUCUGCUCAUACUUCAGAAAACGUUUCAGGAUACCCUGAGGUUGUGACACGGGCUAUGUGAACGCAAGUCCUACCCCAGCUGGCAACCCAAUUGGGUACCCGUUAGUGUCAGGCUGCACAGGUUUAGUCAGUCCAGAGCGGGGAGGAGAUUUAAAGCUCAACAAAAGGAAGCAGGAGUCCAUUGAGCCCAUCCAGCAGAUUUGUUCCCUUUGAGUGCAAGUUCUUGACCCUGGCACACUUUGCUUAAUAUGCCACGUUCACUGCAAGUUCCAGUCUCAUCAGGGAUAACAGGGACCAAACACAAUUAACCAAGCAAUGAUGUUUGCUAAAUUGUCAAUCUAAUGGUGCAAAAUCUGAUCUUGUCAGAUGACAAAAUGAAACUUAUCAGACCAUUUCUUAUACUCCUGAAGCGGUAAUGUUUGAUUUGGUUCAAUGGUCUUUUGCAUGUUGCUUGUGGUUCAAGACAUGAGGUAUUCUGCUUACCUGUCCUGGGACAGUGUAGAGGGAGCUUUACUGAUUAUCUGUCUCCAUGCUGUACCUUUCCUGAGAAUGUUUUCUUGCGACAGUGUAGAUGGAGCUUUACACUGCAUCAAACUCCGUGCUAUCCCUGUCCUCAGAGUGUUUGAUGGGGACAGCAUAAAGGGAGUUUUAAAUCAAUCUAAAAAAUAGAGGAAGCUGUUAAUCCAGAAACCGGGGUUCCGUGUACCCAGUUUCAAAUCCCGCUACUGUAGGUGGUGAAUUCAAUAAAAACCUGGAAUUCAGCAUCGAAUGAUGGCCAUGAAUCCAUUGUCAAUUAUCAGCAAAACCCCACCUGGUUCACUAAUGCCCUUUAGGGAAGGAAACUGCCAUCCUUACCUGGUCUGGCCUACAUGUGACUCCAGACCCACAGCAAUGUGGUUGACUCUUAAAUGCUCCCUCGACAGCUGGAGAAGGGCAAAAAGGCUGGUGAUUUCCAUAUCCCAUAAAUGAUUUAAAACAUACUAUUGUUGGCUGUACAUCUCAAUGUAGUAUUUGGAAUAUAAAUGGAAUAUUUCAUGAGGACAGUGUAGAGUGAACUUUACUCUGUAUCUAACCCUGUGCUGUACCUGCCCUGUGACUGCUUGAUGGACACAAUGCAGCUUUAUUCUGUAUCUAACACAUGCUGUGCCUACCAUGCAUGCAUUUAUUGGAGCAGUAUAGAAGGAAAUCUACUCUACCAAAUCCAUGCCAUAUCUGGGAGCAUUUGAUGGGACAGUGUAUAUGAAGCUUUCUUCUGAAAGUAACCUGGGCUGCAUGUGUCCUUGUUGAGGGUUCUCUAAAUUGAAUCUGUGGUUUCCUGCCCUGGGAGUUGGAUGCUGGCACCUCAUACAAACCAGAAAACAAAUUCCAAUGACAGUUGUCUUUGCCUCUCCUCAAUAAGCACAAAGAAUAACAUUAUCAAAAUAAAUUUCAGAGAAUGUGUUGCAGUCUGAGAAGAUUUUACAGCACUGAAAGCACACCAGGAGAGGAAUGCUGCACCAUGCAUUAGAAUAUUGACAGAAAGCACAAAAAUGUAAGCACAAUAUAUCCUUUACGCUGUGCUCAGUCACUGUCACCCAGUCAACAGUGUAAUUGGCGUCAGGAUCCGAUAGGUUUAGGAGAGGGACAAAAGUCAGCCAAGGCUCCCAAUCUGAAUCACUGUCAUCUAACUGUAGCCUGACUGACUGUAGGUGUGUCUGUGAGGGUGAGUUUAUGUUUUUGGUACAUCCUGGUGAAAUUACCACCAGUUAGUAUUCAAUGCUUCCUAUACACUCCAUGCCAUAGAGUAACAUUGGCAAUGUCUACAUUAACUCUCUCACUUGUUCCAAUGCUGAUUCACUGAGGACCAGCAAGCUUCUCAAAUAGGCCCGUGUUAAUUUGUUUUUUUCUGUUUUCCAAUGUUAUGCUUUCUCCCGUAGCUGCCUUUCAAGGAGCCUUUUUUUUACCCUAAGCGAUCAAGAAUGACAUCUUCCUUUUAUCCCUCCCUUCCCAUCCCACUUUUGUAAAUAGCCCUGCCCCCAUUUCACCUCUCUCUUCCUCAUGUUCCCCCAUACCACCUCCCUGCCCCUACCCCACCCCAGACUCUCUGACCCCUGCCACCUGAAGGCAAGGAGACACUGGGGCCAGUGAAAGCUACCCCCACUGGUUGAGAUUAGUCAACCUGGUGCAAAACUGGGGAAUCCAAGUUGAGAAUGUCUGGUCUCUCAGGCUCAGUGCCUACAAGUUGAACAGGGGAAUUGGGCAAUAUUAACCUUAGCACGAGGUGAUAUUUCCACCGAAACUGCAAGAGUGUGUGUGUGGGUGUGUGUGUGUGUGUGUGUGCAUUGUACAGACUGUGUAUAUAUUGAUAUCAAAGGGUUGAACAUUCUCUGGGUUCGAUGGGAUUUUGCCAAGUACUGUACAGUACAAUAUGUUUAAUUGCUUGCUGUUCUUGUGAUAUGAAACUGGUACCAGUCUGUUGCUUAAUGAUCCUUUCUCUGUUGUGUUUUUUUGUACGUAGUUUGGAAAAAAAGAAAUGCUGUUAACACUUUGUGAUUUUUUAAAAGUUUUUAUUUUCUUUGAACUUCUGCUCAAGUUGUACUUAAAGCCGUGUAUAAUAUCAGUGUCUUCAUGAUGACUUUUACAAUUCCUAAAUAAAUUAAU